AUGUCAUCCGCAAACAAAGGCAACUUCCUCGAAUUGGUAGAAUUGCUCUCAAACUAUGAUCCCAAUUUAAAGGAACAUUUCAUGAGGCUGAAACAUGCUUUUGCAUGUGGAAAGAGAAUGACUUCCUAUUUCUCUCCAAAAAUUCAGAACAAAUUAAUUUGUCUUUUGGGAAAUCAUGUGAAGGACAAAAUAGUGGCUGAUAUCAAGAAAGAAAAGUACUUUGGGAUUCUUUUUGACAGCACCCCUGAUGUGUCCCACACUGAUCAGAUGUGUGACGUGAUCAGAUAUGUUCAUAUUGAAGGGGACCAUGUUGAAUUAAAGGAAUCAUUCUUGGGCUUCUUUCCUGUUGCUGAAAAGACUGCUGCUGAACUCACAGAAAAUAUCCUGCAACAUCUGGAGGAAGAUGGACUAGACAUAAGCCUUUGCCGUGGUCAAGGAUAUGAUAAUGCUGCAACUAUGGCAGGGAUUCAUGGUGGUGUUCAG